AUUAAUUAAAAUGUAUCUACCCGUACAUGUACAUUUCUGUGUAUAAAAAGUGAGUCGAGUAGCAUGGCAGGUCUAAGGUUGGACUUGGGGCGGGUCGACAAGGACCUGAUAUCUAACGAUUCUGAUAGUGAACAGAAUUUGGGGGUGGAGCCACACGAAAUGGACCCAUUAGGUGAUUCGUACUCACCAGACGACCAGUUGAAUCCUCUGGAGAAAUUAGAGAAAUAUUUUCAAUCAGAAGAAGCAAUGGAAAGAGAGAUAGCAGUGCGUAGUAUGGUAGAAGCUGCUCACUUUGUUGAUUCUUACUCAGACUAUGAGAUUAUACUAGAAAUAGUGUGUGCUAUGGCCAGUGACCAUGAGCCGAUGAUAAGGAUUGGUGUACUAGGUACAGUAAUGAAUCUCAUUGAGAGGAACUCUCAGUUCAGGGAUGCUCCUAAUAUAGAGACAACAUUCUCACAAGAGAACGAGGACAGGAUCUACGAGAUACCUGUGAAAAUGUUAAACGAUUUUAAUCAACAGGUGAGACGCAUAAGUCAUAAUACGAUUGUGAUGCUAUUAGAAGAUCCAAAGAGUUCAACCAAUAGUUUGGUGUCCCAGUUGUGUCCGAUGGUGAGGAAGUGUCUUGGGAAAGAAGAAACCUAUGACCUAAGAAUGGACACUGUAAUGCUAAUUGGUCGAGUAGCAUCAUUUCUCGGUCAAGAAAUUUGUGUGUCCGAGUUUGUUCCUCAGUUACCAGCUUUAGCAUCUGACGCCAUGUUCCAUGUGAGAAAGUCCUUUGCUAUAUGCUGUAAAGACUUGUGUUCAGUAAUAGGGCCAGCAUCUACUGAGGAAGUUAUUGUGAGUAUAUUUUAUAGAGUUUAUAUGUACAAGUAUAUUUGGUUUGUACAUGAGUACUGCCAAUUGGAGAAACCCCCAAGCAAAAAUCAUGCCAACAUUUUAUAUUGUAUAUCCAAGUCUGAAGGAGGUGUGGCUAGUGGUGAUGGGGGCGUGGCUAACGAGUUUACGAGUAAAUUGAAAUUGAUAGAGUCUCCGAUUGGGUCUGUGCCAAACGGGUUUCCAACGGUUCGUGUUUUCAUUCAAAGUGCUAAUGGUCAGAUUCAUGAAGAACAGACGAUGACAGGUGGAUCAGGGGGCGGGACCUAUGGUUGUCAUAGUAACAGCACCCCGUUCAACAGGAUGGAUGUUACCAGUCAAUCGACUGCCAUGGACAUGACUACAGUAUUUGAUAAUAACACCACUAUUAAUAAUGAACCAUACUUCACAGCUGGACUGGAACAGGAGAUAGUCCCAGAUGAGCUGAUAGAGAUGUACCUAGGUAUGGUGGACCUGAACAAGACCCAGAGUGUUGAUGUGGACCUCCCCCUCUAUUGUGCCUUCUCCUUCCCUGCAGUACUACAAACCCUGGGACCCAACCACUGGUCAUUACUCAAACCAACCUUUGAUAUACUCUCCACUGACAUGCAGUGGAAGAUCAGGCGUGUCCUAGCUCACAGUAUCCAUGAGAUAGCUCAGAUGUUAGGGUCCAAUAGAACAGUCUCUGAUCUGUUGUCUGUAGUGAAUGAGUACACUACAAAGGACCUUGAUGAUGUGAAGACUGGAGUACUGGCUCAUUUAUCGGAGUUCUUUGAGAUGUUACCCUCUGACGUUAGAAAGGAGAACUUCCCCUCUAUAUUGAAUGGGAUCCUGGACACUGAGAAUGAGAAGAACUGGAGAUACAGGGACUCACUGGCCGAGUAAGU